UCGUAUAUUGCUACCUCUACUGGGUAUAUAUUUACUAAAAUAAAAACGGCAGGAAUUUGCACACAACUUAAAGGAAUUAUAAGUGAUACAUUUUUAAUGUAAAAUAUUAGCUUGAAAUUGCAACAUGAUCGCUUGAACUUUAACCUUUCACCUACAACCCAACUGUGACAGAACAAACAUGGCUGCCUCCUUCCAGAGCAUCGCGAAGCUUUUGUGCCGUCUAUGGCCUUCUACUUUACAUCCAUUACGACAUUAUCAGUCGUGCCUGCAGAGGUUACCCGGAAGAUCCUACCUGGCUCUCCCUCCGUUUGUACCGCCGCAUCACUGUUUGUGCACAGCUGCAUCGCUGCUGGACGGGGAGGCUGCUCAGGCUGCCGAUGCUCUCCUCCGCUACAAGGACAAACCCUGGGACUAUCUGGAAAGUGAAGAGUACAUUGAGAGGUAUGGAGCCAACUCGGUGUGGGCCGGCUACAGGAGGAACCACAAAGGUGGCAUUCCCCCACAGAAGACACGCAAGACCUGCAUCAGAGGAGACAAGAUAUGUGGAAACCCAUGUCCAGUAUGCAGGGAUCCAAACAUUAUUAUUCAUCAUCAGAAUGUAAAACUGCUGCAGCAGUUCAUCAGCCCCCACACUGGACUGCUGUACGACCCCACCCAAACUGGUGUGUGUAUGAAACAGCAGAAGAAGCUGAACGAGGCAGUGAACACAGCAAGAGAUCACGGCUUACUCCCCUUUCAGAUUCCAUAUGUGGAAUUUGCAGGAGAGGACUACUCUAAUUCCCACGAUGCUGUGGGGUCCACACCUCCGCCCCAGUCCCUCAGCUCCGGUGCCAGCUGGUAUCAUUGGUACAGUGAGAUCAGCCCCGAUGAGAAGGAAGUUGCUAAAGUCAAGAAGAUGUACAAGGCUUACCUAAAGAGCCGAGAGGCCAGAGCAAAAUAAUCACCAAUGACUGAUCCAUAUGUCUAUCUGACCAUGUACAGGACUUUCUACAUCCUACUGAUAUACAAAUAAUCACAAUAAAAACAUGGUGAAACUGGAGUUAUUUUAUUGUUUGGCUUUUGUAGAUACAAUUUUACACUUUGAUUUAUAGAAAUUAUCACUCCAGUAUAUGUCCAACUCCAUGCUGUUGAAGAUGUUACAGUCCAGUA